UUUUAUAUACCGAAAGUCUAUUGAAUUGUUGUUUGUUUUUAUUGCUCUAUUUUCCCUUUCAGUUUUCAGCCUUUUGAAGCUCGAAAAUGGCUGGAAACAAGGGAAUGGAGGAUCUUAUUCCUAUCAUGAACAAAUUGAUGGACGCUUUUUCGCAAGUUGGUCAAACAGCGACGAUAGAUUUGCCACAAAUUGCAGUCGUUGGCAGCCAAAGUGCUGGCAAAAGCAGUGUUUUAGAAAACUUUGUUGGAAGGUUAGUGGAUUGUGGUUUGUUUUGAGGGGUUCAGACAAUUACUAGUGUAUUCCUGUUACCAGUAGAGUUUCGGUUUGAAAGGGUUUUAAGCGUGAAUAGUUGGAUUAAAGCAAUAGAAUAUUCUAUAUUUUGUGACUUGACUGACUUGACUUCCUCUUUUGGGCAUAUUAAUUUGGUACAUUUUGUCAUUGUACGAAAAUAAGUUUGACAUCUUGCUAUUGUCAAUUGUGAUACAUAUUAUGGUUCAGUAAUUGUGAUAAUAGAUAAACUAUUAAGACAAUUUAAGUUGUUUUUGUUAUUGUCUCAUGUUUGCAUGUACUUUUAUGAAUCGUUUAUUUUGAAGUGGUAUUUUGAUCUUGUAUAUUUGGGUAUUUAUGGGAUAUUGAUAAUAGCUUUAUAAGUGGUGUUAUUGAUAAUAGAUUAGGUACCUUGGGUAUGAAUGAUAAGAUUUCUUAUGUUAAGUAUAAAUUUCAAUAAUUUUGUAUUAUAUGUAAACUGAGUCAGUACUUGUAGUAACGUAUGAAUCUAAGACAUGCUAAUACAAAAGAAUUUUUCCCUCACUUACAUAGAUUUUCAUCUUGCAAUCAGACCAGUGUGGAAUUUUUGUAUCGUAGUUCCUGAGUGCGUCAUUUUGAUGUAUUUACCAUUAAUUUUUUCAAAUAUUGGAAUGUUCAAUUUCCAAACUUUCCAGUCAGAAAAUUAUAUUAAUGUUGUUGGCAUAUUGUGGCACAUAACUAGUUACCCCAUUGAGUGGCAGCAUUCUCCACUUGAUGGGUAAAAUCAUCUGGCGUUAGACAGAGUAAAAUACUAAAGUAGGGCACAUCAGGGCACAUUGCCAUUUACGGGUUUAAUUGUAAAGCAAUAUGUUUUUGAUUCACAAAAGCUGAAGUCAAUAAACAACAAGCAAUUUAUGACUUUGGUGAAGUUCUGUAUGUGCAUAAUAUUCGUUACUGCUGUAGUAUAAUUUCUAAGCCCUUUGUUGGUAUUCUAUAGAGAUUUUCUUCCUCGAGGAUCUGGUAUUGUUACAAGGAGGCCUUUAAUUUUGCAACUGAUUCCCGAUAAGACAGGUUUGGAAUUACAUAGAUUAUAUCAUAUUUCAUCUAUCAUCAUUAUCAUUAACAUCAUUAUCAUCAUCAUACUUAAUGUUCAUAUGCAACGUUUCCAUUUAGAAUACGGUGAAUUUCUCCACAGUAAAGGGAAAAUUUUCUCAGAUUUCAAUGAGAUAAAUAGAGAAAUUGUCAAGGAAACAGAUCGUCUUACUGGCAGUAAUAAAGGAAUAUCCAACAUUCCUAUCAACCUCCGAGUCCAUUCCCCACAUGGUAAGAAUGUUUUCAAGUUCAUUAUUUCGAUGAUUUCCAUAGUCAUGUGGAGCAUGUUGAAAAUGAAAUGUUGCUGCAGAGCUUCCCCAUUGACGAGUAAAAUUGUCUGGUGUUAGACAAGUAAAAAAGAUAAGUAGGGCACAGUGAGGCACAUUACGGCUCAUUGGGUUAACUAUAGGGACAUUGUCUUAGGCUUGGGCGGUUUCGCUUAAAAUCAAAACCGAAAAACCAUCUGAUUCUAAACCGUUAAAACCGUUUUUUUCCCUUUAAUUUGUAUUUCAACUGAAUGAGGAGGAAUUGUGGUAUUUUUUUGACAUAAGCAAACGAACAGUACAUGACAAAAUGCAAAAUUGUAUAAAGGUAACCUAAAACGACUUCAGUUUUAAAAUAAAAGGGUCAAGAACACAUUUGAAAAUUUAUACCUCUUUAGUUCUUACCGACUUUACGGAAAAAGAAUAUAAUUUAUAUCUAGUGUCAUGUAAUUGUGUUUAAUUAGUGUUGUGUUUUGAGAAUUAGGAUCGAUUUCGGGCGUUGACAGUAAACAAUUUCUUAAUGACGGUUUUCCGGUUUUUGUAAAAGCUAAACCGAAAAAACGGUUUUAAUUGAAAAUAAAACCGAAAAAAACGGUAAACCGCCCAAGCCUACAUUGUCUGAUUCUUUGGUUAACCCAUUGAACUGCAGAGCUUCCCCAUUGACGAGUAAAAUCAUCUGACGUUAGACAAAUAAAAAAUAAGUAGAGCGCACAGGGGCGCAUUGCGGCUCAAUGGGUUAAUUUAAUAAUUUCCUUGUUUACCGCAAGUGUUGAGUGUCCAGUGUGCCAGCACUCUCCUUUUGACAAGUAAAAUUGUCUGCCAUUAGACAGAGUAAAAUAAUAAAGUAGGGUGCAAUGCACAACUUAAUGUGUUAAAUAAACCAAUAAGUGGAGCUCUAUCUUGAAAUAUACAUUACACCUUCUGUAGAUACUUAUUUCUCUGUUGUGUUAAAUCAAUGUGUUUAUUUCCAGUCCUAAAUUUGACAUUAAUUGAUCUUCCUGGUAUGACCAAGAUUGCAGUGGGUGACCAACCACAGGACAUUGAACACCAGAUACGAGACAUGCUGUUACAGUUCAUCACCAAACCCAACUGCUUGAUCCUUGCUGUCACGCCAGCUAACACUGAUCUUGCUAACUCGGAUGCUUUGAAAAUUGCAAGAGAGGUUGACCCACAAGGUAGGUUUAGGUUAUAGAACAUAUACUGCGGAUUUUGAAAUAGUGUUUCAGCACUUUAAUUUCCAGUAAUUGUUUUUCCAUUGAAACAUGCACAUUGUUAAGGGUCAAUGUCAAUGUUACUACCGGUAAGUGAAGUGUAAUGUUCUUUGCCCAUUAUUAAAUAAUUUAUUGUCCAUUGUUUAUUAUUUGUAAAUGUAACUAACAUGUUGAUAUAUAAUUUAUGAAGCUUUAUGGAUCAUUUCAUGUUUAAUUAAUUUUAUUGAUAUUUUUGAAAUUGUAGCCUCAAAAUUAUUUACUGGUCUUUUAUACGCUAACUUUUAUAUCAGGAACGUCCUCGUUCUUCCUUUGCUAUCCUCGUCCUAAAAAAAUUAGGUCCGUAGAAAAACCUGAUUUGAAUGCGUUACCAUGCGUUAACGACCACUGUGUGGUUGCUGUUUAUAGACUUUUUACUAUCAUGUUGCUUUCUUUCAUUGAAGGUGUUCGCACAAUUGGCGUGAUCACAAAACUUGAUUUAAUGGACCCUGGAACAGAUGCUAGAGAUAUCUUGGAGAACAAAACUUUUCCUUUAAGAAGAGGUAAUGAAACAACCUAACUUUUCUUGUACUGGAUAGCUCUAUCAAUCCUAAAUUGUUUUUCCUAAAAGUAUGUCUUACCAAUGAAUACUUUCACUAGGUUAUGUUGGCGUUGUCAAUCGAAGUCAGAGGGAUAUCGAAGGAAAAAAAGAUAUCAGAGCCGCUAUGGCUGCUGAGAGAAAAUUCUUUUUAAGUCAUGGUAGUUAUAGGUAUGUUCUCCACACAGUAUAUAAUUUUUGAGUUGUCAUGUUGGCAGACCCAACACCCAUCACACAAACACACAAACGCAUACAAACAUAAAUAAAAACAUAUUAACCUCUUGGUAGAGGUAAUUAACCCAUUAAGCUGCAGAGCUUCCCCAUUGACGAGUAAAAUUGUCUGGCGUCAGACAAGUAAAAAAAAUGACUAGGGCACAUUGGAGCCAUAGACGGAUUUUCUGGGGGGGUGCAGGGGGGUGCUAUCCCCCCAAUAUUAGCUAUAACCCCCCCCCAAACAAAAUGUCCACCCCUCCAAAAAAAAAUUCAACCCCCCCCCCCAAUAUUCGGCAUAAUAAAUAAAUACUUAAAUAGUCCACUCCAACGUGCAGAGUGUUGAUGAUACAAAAUAAACGUAGGAGUACACUCAAACAGAAAAAGACGGUGCAACACUCUGAAACUAAUUGCUCCUCGCUUGCAUUCACUGGUUUAUUGGAGCAAUUGGUGACACUUUGUGUUCAGUCACCUGCUCACGGCUCACCCCCUCCCCCCUAAAAUUUCUGGCACCACCCCAGUAAAAAAUGUGAAAAUCUGUCUAUGAUUGCAGCUCAAUGGGUUAAACAUGUUCAAAGUUGAUACAUACUUCAAAUUUUCCUUCUUGUGUUUCAGACAUAUUGCAGACAAAAUGGGAACUCCUUUUCUUCAAAAAGUUCUUAAUCAGGUGAAUAUAACAUAUAAUAUUUUCAGUUUCAAAAUUAAAUCCUUGCUUUUGUUAUUAAUUUUAGUGUUAAAUUUGAAUUCCAGCAAUUAACCAAUCAUAUCAAAGACAGUCUACCGGCUUUACGAAGCAGUUUACAAGAUCAGUUAAUCUCGUUAGAAAAAGAUGUUCAGGAGUACAAGAACUAUCAUCCAGAUGACCCAUCCAUGAAGACAAAGGCACUUAUGCAGUAGGUGGUAUAAGAAAUAUGCAUAGUUUUAAGGAAAUUGUACAAUCAUUUUACUAUUUUAGGCAUUUUACCACACCUUGAAUCCUGGGUUGGCCUUUUGCAAAUGUUACAUAGUGCCUAAUAGUGUUGUCUGUUAUGUCGUCCAAACAUUCUGUUUCCUUUAGAAAUAUACACACGUAAAAAUACACAAGUUGUAAUAUAUAUUAACCUGCAGCAGACUUGUAACAAUGCUGUUCCAACAACUUGUCAACAGGAUGUGUUCGCACUGCCUGUUCCUAGCUUGUUGACAAGUUGUCCACGGCUUGUUGACAAAUUGCUACAAGGUUGUUCAGCUCAAAGGACUUGUUCCAAGUUGUUCCAACAACUUGUUAUCGUCCGCGCAAUUCAACAAUUUGUCAACAAGUUGUGAGUGACAACCUUUUAGCAACUUGAAAAAAUAACAGCAUUGUUACAACUUGUUGACAAGCUUGCUACAAACCUUUUGCGAACACAUCUUGUUGACAAGUUGUGAGAUUUACGUGCAUGUGUAGUUUCAGAAUAGGGCAGCUCCUUGAAUCAACACUACCAUGGCACAACACCCAAAUUGCAUCUACAGUAUAAAUUGCAACUGAAGUAUAGCCUAGCUUCAUAUGUGCUUCUUUCUUAGUUAUGUCACUUUUUUCUAUAGAAUGAUUCAACAGUUUCACAGUGAUUUUGAAAAAGCGAUCGAAGGCACAGGAGAUCAAAUUGAUACGAUACAAUUGUCAGGAGGUGCUCGAAUUAACCGAGUCUUUCACGAGAGAUUCCCUUAUGAACUGGUCAAGGUGAGUCUUAACUACAUUAAAAGUGGUCAAUAACAUAUAUUUCCUGGGUAUAGUUCAUUAAUCAUGCUUUUUGAAAGGUUUCCAAAUCUAAUAGAACAAGACAUUUUUUUAUUAAUUUAACUGAAUAAUCUUCAAAAUUCCAUAAAACAUCCCCAGAACAUGUCAUUUCAAUUAAUGUAGAUUUGAAAUCCUGCUUGGGGGCAAUACCCUCUAACUUCCCUAAUCUGGCUUUUCUACACAUACGGUGCUCCGCAAUUCAUAGUAAUAGUAAUAAUUAUAAAAUAUAUUUUUCAACGUAUUUUCAGAUGGAAUUUGAUGAACGAGAGCUACGACGUGAGAUCAGUUUUGCUAUAAAAAAUAUUCAUGGUGUGAGGUACUGUACAAUUAAACAUUCGUAAUUUAAUUUUUUAACCGUCUCAACCGUGUUGCAAAAACUACUUUCUGCAGCAAUAGUGAUCAGUGUUUAUGACUGAUCGUUCUUUAGAAAUGCAAUUUCUAUAGUUUAUUGUCUUCUGUUGUCAUGAUAAACCAAUUAGAAAGCUUGUUCAUAUAGGUAGGGAGGUUAGACUAACUUCUUAAUCACUUCUGUUACCAACUGAGAAUACUGGUCACAGUGGUUAGUUUCAAAAGCAAUUCUUUAGAAACAAAAGUUUAGGUUUGGUUUUUCUUUAGGGUCGGUCUCUUCACUCCAGACAUGGCUUUUGAGGCGAUCGUGAAGAAGCAGAUUGAUAAACUCAAGACGCCCGCGACAAAAUGUAUUGAUUUAGUUAUGAAUGAAAUCACCAACGUUAUCAGAAAAUGUACAGAGAAGGUAUCUAACAGUAUACUGGUCAGUGUAGGGUACAGGGAUGGGUUUACUGGGGGGGUGGGAUGCGCACACCCCCCCCCUAGUCCUGGCCAGAGGGGGGGUGUGCUAUUUUUCAUGAUAAAGCAAAAAAUUAUUAGAGGCAAAAUGAGGUACAGUAAUUUGAGUAAUAACAUGAUGAUAAACGAACUGUGAACAACAAUUACAAUUCAAAUACAGUAGUCAAGCAAGACUUUGCAGUAGUGAAGCAAGUUGAUGGGCGGGCGGCACACAUGAGGCCAAAAAAAAAAAUAUGUGGGUUUCCGGUUUCUUCUUAUAAAAACUUAGGUAGGGUAGGUCGGUUUUAACUUCUUUUUUUUUAACUUUUUUUUUUAAUUUUCCGAAUAAGCGGACGCCAUUUUGUUUUGUCAGUGCUUCCACAUCAAAAGAUAAAUUUCCCUAAUAUUGCCUCAAAUUUCAAUUUUCCACAAACUUUUCCCUCUAAGUGGAAACACUUACAAGCAUGAUCCAAUAAAAAAGUUUAGGGUCGGGAUUUCGACGUCCAAAAGCUAGGUAGGGUCGGGAAACCGGAAACCCACAUAUUUUUUUUUUGGCCUGACCGACACAACUCUGCACUAUAGCUGGCAAAGCGCCCCCCCCCCCCUACCAGAUCAUGCUGGAUCCAUCCCUGGUAAGGUACAGUAAUUCACCCGUCAAAGUAAAUAGCGAGAUUUUUGGGCAUUGAAAGCUCAGUUGGUUCGAGCACUGUACCGGAAUCGCAAGGCCACAUGUCAUGUUCCUACCAGAGGGCCUAUAGUUACAUUUUUUGCUCAGGCUGCUCCUGGUUAGGUGACUUAGGUCUAAAAUUGCGUAUGAUUUUCAACUCGAAAUUUUCAUCUCGAAAAACGCUUCAUCAAAGUGAAUCCCCUUUCCUUGAUCUAUCGUAGCAGGCUUAACUUAGCGGCGUGGCGCGCAGUGUGCUGGCCAGGUUUCAUACAAAACGUGCAUGCCCUUGAAUGUCCUUGAAUUUGUGAAGAAGUACUUGAAAAUCCAUAAAUUUUUCUUGCUUUAGUUUUUGGCAUUCAAAACGGAGUACAUUUUGUUGAAUUGAUUUUGCAUGUUCAUAUCUGACAAAGUUAUUUGAAACUCAUUAAAGUUGCGUUUUGAACAAUUCAACGUUAGAUUUUACUGAUUCUAACCCCUUUUCUUCAGUAUUUAGUCCUUGAAUUUGCUGAUACAUGGCCUUGAAUGUCCUUGAAAAGUCCUUGAAUUUCCCUCUACAUCACAUGUAUGAACCCUGACUGACCCCAUGUGCUACCCAUGUUUCUCCAAAUGAGUUAAAUUCCUCCAAAUCUAAAACCCUGAUUAUGUACCAUAAACCUUCGACUAUAAGCCCUGGGCUUAUAUACUUUCGUAAGCGAUUUUUGAUGGGCUUAUACAAGGGUGGGCUUAUAUACGGAGGGGAGGGGGGGGGAGGGGGCUAGUAAUAAACAAGUCAGACAUAAACAAGUCAGUCAUAAACAGGAAAAUAAACAUGUAUUAAGCAGCGAUUACUGGGCUUAUAUUAAUUCGGGUGACUUAUAUUCGUAGGGGCUUAUAUUCGGGUGGGCUUAUAUUCGGAAUGAGGUGAGCGUUAGUACAUGUGGUGGGCUUAUACACGGGGGGGGGCUUAUAUUCGGGAGGGGGGUUAUAGUUGGAGGUUUACGGUAUGUUGUUGUUCAGAUGGCCAAGUAUCCUCGGUUACGAGAUGAAGUCGAGCAGGUUGUAUCCAACCAUGUCAAGCGUGGAGAAGUCAGAGCCAAAGAACACGUGACGCUUCUUAUCGAUAUUGAGCUGUCGUACAUAAACACGAAUCAUCAAGAUUUCAUAGGUUAUGCUGCGUAAGUAUCUCUUGCCAAUAUACACCAAUGCAAUCUCUUGCCAGUACACCCUUCCAGAAAUUACUUAGCCAUGGCUAUGGAGACUUGUUUCCGUGUUUGAGACAUUCGCUUUCGUAUGAACAAGCUUUCGUUGGUAGAGAUGCAACUACCUGAAAAAUAUAAGGAGAAUUUCGACGUUUCGAGCGAAGAUCCUUCGUCUGGAGUUACUAGCCAGACGAAGGGCCUUAAUUCAAAACUGAAUAAAAAAAAUAAAACUAAAAAAAAAAUAACUGAAUAAAACUGUGUUGGAUCUACCAAUCGAUGCUUCUAGUAUAGCCAGGCUUUAACAAUGUUGAAGUGGUAUCCUUUGUCGUAUAGAAGACAAUUCCACAGAUGUAGUUUUGUUUAUAAAGCCUUGAACAAUAAUGUCGACUUUAAUAUGGAAUAAAUUAAAGGAAGUAAUUUACACUGUCAUGAUACAAGAAAAAAACAGUAAGACUCCCCCUUUGUAGAACCAAUUGGGGACGUCAACAAACAUCGCACUAUAUGUUUUUUAAUGAAUGGAAUAAUCUUCCGCCAUUUGUCAAAGAUUCUAGUAGCUUUUUAGCUUUUAAAAACAAAUAUGUCUCAGUAUGUAAUGAAUAACUUGUUAUCUUAGUGUUUUAAGUGUGGACUUAAUUGACCAUUUAAUUAACUUUUGAACUUUCUUAGGAUUUCUAAUUAAUUUUUUUUUUUCAUUAUCUUGUUGCAUGUUUGGAGUAGAUAGCAAUAAUUAUAGUCAGUAUUUUAUGUAAAUAAUUCUUUCCUUCUUAUUUGAGGAUCCUUGUGAAAACCAUCUUUGAUGAUAAGGCUUCCUCACAAAAGAUUGUUUAAAAAAAAAAGAAAAAAAAAGAAACGUCGAGUAUUUAUUGAUUUAAAAAAAGCUUUUGAUACCGUUGAUCAUGAAAUUCUUUUACAACAAUUAUGUUAUUACGGAUUUAGAGGAAUAAUUAAUGAUUGGUUUAGUUCAUAUUUAAAUGGUAGAACGCAAAGUACACAAAUUGGUAAUCACAUAUCCAAAAAGGCUACAAUAACGCGUGGCGUGCCUCAAGGAUCGGUUUUGGGUCCAUUACUUUUCUUGCUUUAUAUUAAUGAUAUUGAAAAUUGCUCUAAGAAAUUUAAAUUUUAUCUAUUUGCUGAUGAUACAAAUCUACUCUAUUCCGAAAAAGACCUUAAAUCUCUUGAAAAAAUUGUUAAUGAAGAACUUUGCCAUUUAUAUGACUGGCUUAGUUCAAAUAAACUUAGUCUUAAUUUAAAAAAGUCUAAUUUUGUUAUUUUUCAUCCAUAUUAAAAGAAAUUAGUAUAUCAGCCUAUUAUCAAAAUGUAUAAUAACGAAUUGAAUGGAUAUACAGAGCUUAAUUGUGAAAAUUAUAUUAAAUAUCUAGGGGUUUUAAUGGACAAGAAUCUCUCAUAGAAAUAUCAUGUAGAACAUGUUCUAAGUAAAAUAAGUAAAACUGUAGGCAUGAUUUCAAAAUUAAGGCACUUUGUACCUAAACAUACUUUACUUAAUAUUUAUAAAUCGCUAAUAGGUCCAUAUCUCUCCUAUUGUCGUGUGCUUCAUCCAUUUUUCAGAUAAACGAGAACACGCAAUACCUUUUUUUGUUGCUACAAAUAUUUUACCAGUAAAUAUCUUAUUCUACGAAAAUGUACUUACAUUGAUGCAUGAUGUUAAAAAUAGAGUUGCACCAGUCAAUAUUCUCAAUCUUUUCCAGAAAACGUCAGAUAUUCAUUCUUAUAAUACUCGUUCUUCAAAGUCAAAUAAUUUUUACAUUAAACAAUCGAAACUAGAAAUUCAACGAAAGUCUUUUUCUCAUGUUGGAGUAAAAUGGUGGAAUGAGAUACCAUCUUGCAUAAGAGAAUUGCCAAAAAGAGCAUUUAAGAAAAGGAUACGUAGUAUCCUUUUGGACAUUUUACAGAAUGAAAACACUUAUCCGGACAUAGAGUCGCUCAGCUGUAAAAUUAAGAAAAUAUCACGCAAUGAAGCCUCAAAUUGAAGUGUUAACUCCCACUUUUUUCCCUGUUCUUAAUUGAUAUACAGUAUAUUAUUAUUAUUACUUUUUUUUUCCCUUUCUAAAAACGUUAAGUUUAUUAAUAUGUAAUUUCAUUGGAUCAAUGAAAUCAAUGGUUUUGUAACUGUGUCACUAUAGACAAGUCCGCCUCGACUAGCUUUGUAGCUAUUAGCGGCUUGUCUUAUUAAUGUAUGUACGUAUAUUAUAUGAAUAAAUUGAAUUGAAUUGAAAAUUGAAAAUUGAAAAUUCUCUUUAUAUUUUUCAAGUAGUUGCAUCCCUACGAACGAAAGCUUGUUCGUACUAUUAAAACUACCUACACAGGCACAAACAGUUCAAGAUUAUUGGCUUUAGCACCCUUUAUCUUGUUACUGAUUACAAAAUUAUGAACAGGUCUUUUAUAUUCACUGACAUAACUGCAUGAUGUUGUAGACGUGUCGCCUGUAACAAGGUAAAGGGCUUUAAGGUUACAGGACACCUUUUUUGGCGUUUUGCGGAAAAUCGCUACUGCGCGCUCAAUAUCAGUCCGAUUUUCAUCAAAUUUUCACCAAAUGUUCUCCAGUGCAUGCAAAAUAUGAUAAAGUUGUAAAAUUAACAAACAAUAAAAUAAUGUAAAAAUUAUUCAGGAAAAUCUUAAAUCGCGGUACCGUUACGCUUUUGAGUUAUGUUCCUGCUGGUUUUAAGUUAUAUUUAUGAAAAUAUCAUUUUUAUACAGUAAAAUAGUUGUUCUAAAAAAUUGUGUUCGGAAAUUUUUGUUUAUUUCGUCAUUCCGCUGAUAUGGCGAUUUCUUUGACGACUGCAAUUUAUUUCUGAAUUGUUUUAGUAAAUUUCUCUUUAUUUUUAAAAUAUCCAAAAUUAAAAAAAAGCCGAACACAAUUUUGAAACUGACGUCUUUAGCUAUGUCCUGUGAAAAUUUGAGAAAAAUUGGUUAAAACCCGCAGGAGAACAACUCGUUUGAAAAUCAGUAAUUACCGUAAAAUUUUUCGGGAGAAAAUUGAAUUUGAAUAUUACAUUUUCAAUGUUUUUCUUAUUGCAGCGAAAUGUAUUUUAUUAAAUAACUCUGCGAGUUUUUAACAUUUUUCGUUCAAACUUGGUCGGAUAGUAGAACUAGUCUAAUGCUUUCAUGGAAACCAAUAAAAAAUUUUUAGGCAAAAUUAACACUCAAAGGUGUUCUGUAACCUUAAACCCAGUAUCUCAAUCGCGAAAACGAGUCUAUACUCUAUAGCCAACUAGCCAAGACUUGGCACUUUCUGGAAGGAUGUGCAUGUAUUAGCCUUUCUCGUGCCAUGCGAGCAGGCCUUGGCCGCCAUUUAUGCUGCCAAACAGGGAGAGAAUUUUCUGAAAAUGUCAUUGUUAAAAGUUGAAAAUUUUCAACUUCAAAAUUUUUUUCCGACGAAAAAUUUGUGUCGGCCAAUCACUUCUCUUUCUGCGGAAAAUUUUCCUGAGUUGAAAUUGGCCUUGGAUUGAAGCCAAGAUGGCGGACAAUGCCUGGUCGCAUGGCACGAGAAUGGCUCAUAUGAGGACAUUAGCUACUUGGGGAACAUUGCCUGACUACACUAUAUUAUGUUUGAAUACAGGGCAAGUUCAAACGCGAGCGCACAGAGUGGUGAACGGAAGCGAAAAGGAAUUGGGAAUCAAGUAAGAAACAUUGUAUAUUUAUAGCUUGGUGAAAAUUUACCUAUAGAAUAAAGGUUAAAAUUUUGCAAAUAUAACGAGCAUUACAAGUAAAGAUAAAUAACUUGGUAAGAUAAAUAAUCACUCGGUUAUUUAUCGUUCUGCAGGUCAUACGGAAAGGAUGGUUGCAGAUCACAAACACCGGGUUUAUGAAAAGUGUCGUCGCGAAAGAAUACUGGUUUGUUCUUACAGGUAAAGAUAUUCGGACUUUUGUAAGUAGCUUAUAUGUCUUUCUACAGUUCUGAGAAUCUUCUGAGUUUGUGGGUUCGAUUCUCGCUACGGACUCAUGUGAAAAGAGUCAGUCAACGCUCUGCCGAAAGUCGUGGGUUUUCCUCGGGUUGCUCCGGUUUCCUCCCACAGGGAAAGUUGACAGGGUGGGUUAGGAUAAACACAGUUAAAAAAGUAAUAUCAGUACAAUUGUUGUAAAGAUAAAAUAGUCUAGGCUAAGUAAGUAAUUAUAGGUAAGCGUAUUACUUGAUGUAAAGUGCAUUUGAUCUUAUUCAUAUCAACAUGAAAAUUUGCGAUUAUAUGAUUGUAUAUGAUUUGUAAAUGUUUAUCAUUUUUUCUUCUCAUUUCUGCAGCCGAAUCGCUUUCGUGGUACAAAGACGAAGAAGUAGGUUAUAUAUUUUUCUUGAACUGGAAAAAAUUAAGUUGUGAAGAAAACUAUAGUUGAAAAAACUAUACGUGAAAAAAGUCAGUUACGCUAUUUCAUAAAUAACCAGGUGUAACUAUUUCUGCAGGAAAAGGAACAAAAAUAUCAGCUACGAUUAGAAGGCUGCAAACUACGGGACUUAGAAGCUGGAUGGCUGGCGAGGAAAUCAGCUUUUGCUCUUUUUAAUCCUGACCAAAAGUACGUGAAUUACACACGGACAAGUUUUCAACUAAGUCAAGAGAAUUAAACUUCAAUCAGAUAUCCUACUGGGGUUCUCUUUUUACAAGUUUUUAGAGGUGUAUGUGUGAGCGACCCCCCACGCUAUAAAAACAUCUGUCCCCAUCGGAGAGCCAGAGUUCAAACUUGACUUUCGCAUUUGUUUCGACUAGAAAUCUGUUCAAAGAUCACAAGCAGUUAGAGAUGGCUGGCGAAACACAAGAUAUUGUUGACGAAUGGAAGGCAUCAUUUCUCAGAGCUGGUGUCUAUCCACAGAGAGAACAGAAUGAGAAUGAAAAGGUAUGGUUUGUCAUUGUACUGAUUUAUUUUCAAAAAGACUAGGAAUGCAGUCGGUUCGUGUGAUAAACAGGCAACAUUUGAUAUACGGAAUACAAUCGAGUAUUGUUAGACAGUUAACACCUACACCGGACCAGACUAAGUUCGUUCUCAAUGUAGAAAUCAUAAUAUUUUUAUUUGUAUCAGGGAAGUGAGUUGGGCAGUCUUGAUCCUCAAAUGGAAAGACAAGUGGAGACCAUUCGUAAUCUCGUGGAUUCAUACCUCAAAAUUGUCAGUAAAACGAUCAGGGAUCUUGUCCCGAAGGCCUGUAUGUUUAUGAUCGUACAAAAUGUAAGUGUAGAAGUUAUAUUUUUUACCUCCGUUCUCAGAGUUCUAUGGUUUCAUCCUGUAGUAAGUUAUUGGACCUCUAGAGAGAACACUUAUAAAAGUUAGUUUAGUUUAGGUUUCCUCCUGUAGUAACACUGGGUCAAUAGGAGAUUAUCCUCACUGGACCUCUAUUGGGAGAACAGUUUAGAACUGAUAGAGCUAUCCAGUAUAAAUAAAGUUAGUUUAGUUUGGGUUUCCAGCUGUAGUAACACUGGAUCAAUAAGAGAUGAUUCUUACUGGACCUCUAGGAAGAACAGUUUAGAAUUGAUAGAGCUAUCCAGUAUAAAUAAAGUUAAUUUAGUUUAAGUUCUUUUCUCUUGUAACACUGAACCUAUAAGGGAUGACAACCCUCUCUGGACUUCUAUAGAGAGCAAUUAAAAACGUAUAGAGCUGGCCACAAAAAAAUAAUAUACUGCAUGUUCUUCUUCUUAGACCAAAGAUUUCAUCGGCUCCGAAAUUUUGGCUCACAUCUAUUCUAGCGGUGAUACGGUAGGAAUGUUAACAAUCCUAACCCUCACAGCAUAUACAAGCGACAAAAUUGAUCUGGUCUACAUACAUUUACAUGCAUUAUUUAAGCAUUGGAAUCCAAAAUCUGAAAUGGUUGAAUUUGAAAUAUUUUAGAAAUCGAUGAUGGAGGAGAGCGAAGAAGAAGUACAAAGGCGAGAGGAAAUGCUCAAACUGUACCAUAGCACUAAAGAAGCUCUAGAUAUCAUUGGUGAUAUCAAUAUGCACACCAUAUCUACACCUUUACCCCCACCUGUAGAGAAAGAUGAUGACCAAUUAUCCAAUUACCGACCCCCCGCCCCAUCCAGGUAUAGUUAUCUUAUAGUAAUAGGUAGGUUUCAUUGGGAUGCAAUAGGAAAUAGUAGGUAUAGACUAAUAGAUGGGUUUGACUAAGCACUAUCGCGCAGCAGAUGGUGGUCAAUCUGCGAUUAUCAGAGUGAGAAAGUAAUGUUCAUUCUUUUCAUUAUAUGUAUUGUGGUAGUCUAGUCUUGCAUUUCCUGACAAGUGAAUAGAAUAGACAUUUCUCAUUAUACACUAAUUUUGCAACUAGGCAAGGGGAUGCAAAUAAAUCACCACAGCUAGAAAGAGCAUACUAAAAUGAGUAAAAUUGCUAAGUUUGGUUGCGAAAUGUUGUAAAAUGCGGAAAAUACAUAUAGCCUUGCAAAGUUUGUAUACUUUUGUACUGCGUGCGGAAAUUGCUAUCAUCUAAACAUCAUUCUUAUUUUGUAGCCGAUCCGCUCCACCUUCUUCUUCAAACGCACCCUCUCGUCCAUCCGGUAGUCCUACCCCCUCGCGACACCCUCCUCCACGUAGCCGACCCAGCACCAGACCAGAGCCACCCGCCCAGCGACCAAACAUUCCAGACCGCAAUGAAAUCAACCAACAAGUCCAGAACGCACAAAAUGCAUACGCUGCUUAUAAUACGGCUUCAUCAUUCGGUUUAACUCCUCCUAUCCCUAGUCGUCCUGAUUCCUCAUCGAUACCCUCAAUUCCAAAGUAAGCUUUGCUUUGUUAUUUUUUCACGAGCUGCUGGUGGCGCAGUGUUUUCUGCAUGUGCCUUUCAUUUCUGUGACCAAGGCUCUAUUCCUGUAAUUCCCAAUUUGAUUCUAUCAAACAAAUCCUGCAGGUUUUCUGACUUUUCUCCUUACUAGACCUCUAAGGAGAACUGAUAGAGAUAUCCAGUAUGAGUUAGUCUAGUUUAGGUUUCCUCCUGUAGUAACACUGGAUCAAUAAAUAUAAAUAAAGUUAGUUUAGUUUAGGUUUCCUCCUGUAGUAACACUGGAUUAAUAAGGGAUGAUCCUUACUGUUACAGUUUAGAGUUUAUAGAGCUAUCCAGUAUAUAUAAAGUUAGUUUAGUGUAGGUUUCCUCCUGUAGUAACACUGGAUCAAUAAGAGAUGAUCCUUGUUCGACCUCUAGGGAGAACGGUUUAGAACUGAUUGAGCUAUAUAUUCAGUAUAAACAAAGUUAGUUUAGUUUAGGUUUCCUCCUGUUGUAACACUGGAUCAAUACGAGAUGACUUUACUGGAUCUCUAGGGAGAACAGUUUAGAACUGAUGAGCUAUCCAGUAUUAAUAGAGUUAGUUUAGUUUAGGUUUCCUCCUGUAGUAUCACUCGGGAUCAAUAAGAGAUGAUCCUUGUUGGACCUCUAGGAAGAACGGUUUAGAACUAAAUAAGCUAUCCAGUAUAAAUAAAGUUAGUUUAGUUUAGUUUAGUUUAGUUUCCUCCUGUAGUAACACUAUAUCAACAAGAGAUGAUCCUUACUGGACCUCUAGGCAGAACAGUUUAGAACUGAUGGAGCUAUCCAGUAUAAAUAGUCGAAAUAUACUGUGACAUAAUAUAAUAUAUUUUUGUUUAGACGUCCUGUAUUAGGUCGGCCAGCCCCUCCACCACCAGGAAAAUCCACUCCAUCAAUUCCAAAUCGUCCAGAUAUACCCAGCAGACCGUUCUGAUGUCUUGAUGUCACGGAUGAGUAAUUUAGUAGAUAGUCAAUCACGAAUGGAUGAAAAUGAAAGUGCACUGAAUGGGAAAAUGCAGUAAUUGCGGUCUUUGAACAUGAAAUUGUAUACAUUGAGCAUUGAUAUUUCUUAUGGAAAUAGACUUGGCCGAACGUAGUCGAAUAUUCGUUAUGCAUAUGUAGAAAGAAGUUAUUUCGCUGACCUCAGAAUGACAUUUCGUCAAACCUUUUUUCUUCAUGAUUGGUUUAGAAACAAACUUGGAGUAGGAUUAAGAGUUGGUGUUUGGAAUGGAGUUAGAGUUGGUAAAACUGUUGUUUUGUUACGUUUUGUCACUCUGAGGCCAGCGAAAUAAUCUCUUCCAUGCAUGUUACUGUGUAGCCUGGAUAUCAGGCGCUGGGGAGGGGCUAGCUACGCAUACUGGUUUUCGCGUAAUGUUUCGUCUGAAGCGAGUUUAAGAAUGAAAGCAUGUGAAACUGGACGAACAAUGCUGAAUUAUGUUGAACCAACAUGUUACACCCUUCUCGUCCCUUCCAGUAGAGACCUUACGAUUUUAGGACGGCAACCGCGACGGCAACGGCUACCAAUACAAUAGAUCAUUGAGAAGAAUUGAGUAAUUACAAUAAAUGAAUAAUUUAGACAUUGUCCUCGCUCUGCUUAAAACGCCAAAUCACAGAUUUUCACGUGUUGAUACAACGGCUGCAUUCCAAGCCACAACAAGUGCAACUUCAAACGGGGUUUAGCAGAACUCUUCCCAACCAUAAAACCCAUGUGUUCAACUUCUAAGACUGUAUUAAAUUCAUACGAUUGAUAAUAUACGACGAACUAUCGACUACCAUUUAUUUGAAGGAGUUUGUUUUGGCCGUCGCCGUCGCGGUUGCCGUUCUAAAAUCGUAAGGUCUCUAGUGUCUCAUCUCCGCCCCCCUCCCUGAGACCCUGUGAAACAGGUUGGAAUUGAUAUUGAGACUGUUCCUAUGCUGUCGCACAAGAAUCGGAAAAUAAAACGUUUAAUGUAAUAGAAUAUGCCUGCAGAAAUUGUAAACUUAAUUAAUUUUUUAAUAUUUAUGAACUAUAUGAAUAACUGAUUGUUGAAAAGAUGAACGCAAAAUAUAUUAUUAAGAAAAAUUGACGAAUAUCAAAUACGUA